AUGGGCAGAGAAGGAAAAUGUCUGUCCGAGGCAGUGGAUAUCUUUUCUCAGGCCAUCGAGGGCACUGAAAAGAAAGAGGAAGAGGAUCCAGAUACUGAUGAUGAAGAUAUCGAGGCCCAGAUUCGAAGGGAGCUGGAGGGCCUACAACCCAGCAAAGACAAAACUCGUCAAUUCCAGCCCGUGCAGAUUGACAUGCCGUGUGUGGUAUUCAUGCGUCUUGAUCCCUCAAUAGACCCGGUGCAGCUUGUGCACCGUCUUUGUAGCGAAGCACAUGCCCAUCCGGAGACUAAAAAAAGUCGGUGGAUUAAGCGCAUGCAUCCAGUCACGUCAAUCCGGAAGACUUUGAGUGUGGAUCUAGCGGUAUUCGCGAAAGAGAUUCUCAAGCCUCAUUUCCAUUCUGGAGGACCACCGAAGACGUACGCCAUUCGGCCUACUGUGCGGGGCAACUCGAAGCUCAGCCGAGACGUUAUUAUUAAGACUGUUGCCGAUGUUGUCGGACCUGAGCAUCCGGUGAAUUUGACGAACUAUGAUCUAAUGAUCCUCGUCGACGUUGCCCAAGUGAGCAUAAAAGAACCCUCCCCUACUGGAUCUUUAACUGACUCGUCGCAGAAUGUGAUUGGAAUGAGUGUCGUGCAAGGUGAUUAUGAUAAGCUGAAGCGGUUCAACUUGGCCGAAAUCUAUGAUCCUUCACCAAAAGCAGACCCAGCAGCCACUUCCACCGAGUCUAAGGCUUAG